AUGAGGGUGAAGAUAAAUCUGCUGCUAAAGGUUCUAAUAUCGAGGCUUCAACACUUGAUACAAAUGGCCUUGGUAACAAUAAUACCUCUAAAUAAUCAAACAUCUGUCAAAAAGCCAAACAGUCAAAAGUCUUCCAUUGUGAUGAAGAAAUGUAUUUUAGAUUUGAUAAAGGAACAACAAAACCAAGUGCCUCUGACAAAAACUAUAAGUCAAUUAAAGAGCAAUUUGAAAGUAGAUCAAGAAAAAUUAGAAAGAUCAGCUGUGAAUCACACUUGUUCUCAUAAUAAUAAUAUAAAGAAAAAUAAUGACUCUGUUCAAAAUGAAGUAGUUAAAAAAGAAUAUCUAUCCCUAUACAUGAAACCUAAUGUAGAAUGUAUGCAGUCAAGUUGCAAAGGUUCUACCAUCUCAUCUGUUAUUGAAAAUCUAAACAUUCACUAUGGAACUUUAGUAUAG